AUGGAGGUGUGUAUUGCAACUGUGGAGGUUCAAAUAGAACCACCCAACAGAGGCAGGAAACCACCAUGUCCUCUCCCUCCAGGGCCGUUGCAUUCAAAUGCUCUCCCUCUCUCCUAUUCUCUUCAAAAACACGGAUGGACUCCAAACCCAGAACCCUCCAAAACCCCUUUUCUAGUUCCACCUCAAGCGCUGACACUGCUGAAGCCUCUAUCACAUUGCAAGAAUGGCAAGCUUGGGGCACCACCUCCCCUGUCCUCGCCUUGGUCACCAAUUUUUUUUUCGGGAUUUGAAGGUUUGGAGAAGGAUAUUGAUGCCCAAAUGAGCUUUGGCGGCCAUGGUGGCAAGCUUCAGGGAGAUUUUAAAGUCCAAGAGGAUAGAAAACACAGGAAGACAUAUAAGGCUUUAAGUGAUUCCGAACAAAAGCUUCAGUUUUUUUCGGCUCGACAAAUAGCAUGCCGAGUGCUCGGAAGUAGAGGCUACCUUUGUCAAAAGUGCUGGCUUCCUUUGGAGGAUUGUAUGUGUUCAAGAUUGGUGCACUACCCUCUUUGGCCUCGAAUGCGAUUCUGGUUAUAUAUGCAUCCAAAUGAUUUCUUAAGGCAGAACAAUACUGGAAAGUUGUUAUGGCAAGUAUUUGUCACUGAAGCUGCAACUUUGUGCCUCUUUGGCAUCACUGAACAGGAAGAAAUAAUGUGGGAUGCAUUCAAGCUUGCAGCUAGAUGUUAUAAGAAACUAGUUCUGUGGAAAAACAAUGUUUGUUGCCUCUAUCCCAACAAAAAUGGUAUGGUAACAUCGGUUCAGCAUGUAUUUGGCCAAGAAUCUGCAGCUGACCUGGAAGGUCCAUAUACCAAGGUGAGAUUGAGAGUUUUGGCGAGGAAAGAGUGGCUUGUGUUUGUGGUUGGAGUAGGUGAGGCCGGUGGUAAAGUUUGGUGUUUUGGUGGAAGAUUUUAG